CCUCCUGCAGUAUCAUGAUUGUGCAGAUAUGAAUGUCUCUGAAAUGUGCAGAUAACACCGAAAUUCUGAAGUAACAUCACUUUUAUAAGGCAGAUUAAAUACUUUAUAAUUGCUCUGCCUUUACUACAAGAAUACCAAUAUGUUCUGCAAACAAAACCAGUGUUGACUGCAGAGAGCCAGAAGGUGUCUGAGGUAUAUAGUGAUUAUUAUAAAUUUCUCUGAGGUUUUUAAUUUAGAGACAAAAUGUAGGAGAUUAAUCAGAGGCAGAAUAAUUACAAUUGAAAAGGGGCUGUCUUGCCCUGGGAAGGUAUGGUUUGAGUGUGGCUCUUGGGUGCUGUGUGCUAAAUCACUGGAGUGGUGAGGCAGAUGUAAAGGAUUGGCCAGCACAGGAGGCAGCUUCAGAGUCUCGGUGAACAGCAGCGAUGCACAGCUCGGAGAGCCAGCUGGGAGAGGGAGACACUGCCCGUGGCUGAGUGCCUGUGGCUGCAGGCAGCUGAGAGCAGGGGAACCACACACUGCUCCAGCCUUUGCUUCCAGCUCUGCAAGGUGUGGGCAAGGACUCCAGCAAGGCAGGGGGUGGAGAAACCUCUGCAGUUCAUUAUCUUCACCGGGUACUUCAUCUGGAUGAGAGCUGAGCAGGAAUAUUUGCUUGGGUUCAGGGUAAAGAGCAUGGAAAGAUGGUUUGAAGUCAAGGAGCUGUCUGGAAGUGCCUAAGCCUGAUAACCUUACAAACAGCAGUGCUUAAAAGUGGAGCAGGAUACUAAAGCCAGGUGCUCUCUGGGACCAAGCAGCCUAUCAAAGCUAAGACAGCAACUGUUUGGGAUCUCUUGGGAUCAUAAUCCUAGGAAGAACAACCACAAUUUCAGGAGUACUAUGGAUUCAAAAGCAAAAUAAUAGCUAUUGCUAAACUUGCAGCAGCCACAUCUACUUUGAAACUGAGCUUGGGAUACUACUGGAAAACAUUCUGAAAGGAAACAACCUGUGGGCUUUCCUUGCUUGCUCCAGUGUGACCUCUGGUUAAAUGUUCUGCUCCAUGUGUGGAAGAGUCAGGAAAAGCCUCUGCAAGUGACUUUCCAGGUCUGUUGCCACAAGCGAAUAAACCAUUUUGGAUAAGAGCUUGAGUUGAUUAGCAACCUAGUUGGAAGAAUGUCUGGCCAGGACACUGAGGACUUUGGAGCAGAAAACCUCUCAGAUAAGUCUCGGAUGCUUCCCAGCCUCCCACCCUAUGACAUGGAUGACCAGCUCCUUCCCAGAGAGCCACGGAGUGCCGGGUGCUGCCUGGCAUGGACCCUCCUGGUAGUCACCAUGAACUCCUUGGUCUUCUUCAUGAAUUUGCUCUUGAUGUUUGUUAUCUUCACCAUUGUGCUGCUUCCUACCAUUGUGGUGGUUUACUUUGGCUUCCAGUGCCACUCUCAGGUGCUGCAUUCAUCCGCUCGCUACUGCAAAAGCAUCUUGGAUGACAACAGCUCCUCUGCCCUCAUUAUCCUCGGCUUCGUCAUCAUGUCCCCUCUCAUUGUGGUGGCCAUGGCCACCUACUGCAGCCUGGCCAGGCGCCUGCGCCUCCUCAUGUGCUUCCAGCCCUGCAGCAGGGCUGUGUACAAGGGGGUGAAGUGGCGCUGGUACGAGGAGGGAGGCCUGUGCAGCUGUGCCCAGGGGUGCAACACUCAGGUCAAGGCCUGGGUGUGAGCUUGCAGCACCACGAGGCACCCACCCACCCAGCACCCCUCUUCUCCCUGCCCUUUCCCUCCCCACCAUCACCCCCCUGAAUCACCACCCUGAGGUCCCUGCGUGGUACCUAGAUGUGAGAGGAAGGGAGAUCCCCUGAUCAGCCGCCUCCUGCAGCUUUGUGUGUAGGUGGACAGGAUUCUGCCCACCAGGGAGAUACAGAAAACACAAGUCCUUGACAGUAAAGACAAUAUUCAGCCCUGAAAAGAAUAGGGAGUUUCCCAGUGUCUGUUCCCAUCACUGUUCCCAGGCUUGGCAGCAUGUUCUGCCUCACGUGGGACAGAGUUCCUAUGUAGGACAUUGAAGGGUGGUGGGAGCAGCUGCUGCUUUUGCUCCAAGCCUCAGAGAGGUCUCUUUGGGCAAGGCAGCCUUUGGUGGAGCAUCCAGCCAAGAGGAAGCAGCUGUGGUUUUCCCAAGUGUCGGACUGCCAGUGCUUCUAACCUCUCACAAAGGUGUCUGUGGGUCACUGCCUCUGCCAUGUUUGGGAUCCACCCCUUUCCUACACAUGAGGUACUCUCCCCCUAUUUAGCAAUCCCUCUUUCCCAUCUCUAGACCAGUGCUUAUGCUCCUUGUGCUCUUCCUGAGUCAGGUCACUGGGUUGGCUGUGGCAACAAAUGCUGAGCUUUGGGUCUCUUCCCUGCCAGCUGCUCUGAAAUACUCUUGUCUGGUAAUGGUUGAUAGGUAUUAACCAGCAACUAGCUCCUUGUCCUUUAUGUUGUGGUCAGGUUGUUUUUUCCUGGGGAUACAUCUGCAGAGUGGAUGUGAGAAGGGGUGGCAGGGGGGGCAAAGCAUGGCAGGUCGAUGCAUGAUUCCCUCCUUUCAAAUCACUCUGGGGCUCUGGUGUUCAGUCCGUGGGGUCCGUGUGCUAGCUCCCUGCAAGCUGUGUGCUCCCACUGCCUCUUGUUCCCCCACCUCCCAAAUACAACCUUUUUAAGUGUUAUGUGUAAAUAAAGAUGGUGCCAAAUCUCCACUGAGGGAGUUUCUCUCUGCUCUGUCUCAAAGCUCUGGCAGCCUCACUAACCCACGUGGUGCCUGGUGGACCACAGCACAUACCACUGUAAGUCAUUGGUUUCAGCUUCUUUCCUUUAAGCCAGAGGCUUCUUCCUUCCAUAAAAUGAUGACUAUUCCAAAGCUCCAAGGAGGAAAAGUUCCUUUUCUGUAAAUCCUAUGAAGCUGACAGUUGAAGUGCAUGGCAAAGGCACUACUUCUACAUUCCCACUUCACCAGAUAGAGCUGGAUUAGCUGAUUAUCUCCUAGCAACAAACACAUAAAACAAGAUGAGGGUGACACUUGCCUCUUUGUGGCUUCCUAGGGAAUCUUGCAGGCUAUUGUCCACAGUGUUUACAAAUACCACCUUCUAAAAGGUCCCCAAAACACUAAAUUUCCUGUCUCUGGUUUGUUCUUUAUUAAAACUAAAGAUCCAGGCUCAAAUAAACGUUAUUGACUUUCCUGUGUCCUGCAGCUCAUCUGAUAGAUGUGCCCUCCUGCCUGGGGC